GGUACGAUCUCCCUGUUCCUAUAACCUCCAUAUCCAUGGAAUCCAUCUUUUUGUUUCGUAGUAUGUCCAUACCUAAACUUCCCUCAAGUGCACCAUCCUUUACUAUCCCGUCAAUGUCCUCCUCCCCCUUGCUUCAUUUCAAUCUUAGAAAUAACACACCCUUUUCUCAACUCUCCAAUAAUUCAACCAAUAUUGCUGCAAUCGGUUCAAUUUCGAGUCUUAAUACGUGCAACAAAUUAAUAGCUCGGUGUGGAAAUGUGCGUGGUGGGGAGGCACACUCGGAUUCUAUAGAUCAAAACCCAUUGAAGUCACUACUAAGCUUAGUGGAACCAGUGGAAAUUAACUCAAUCACAUCAACAAUUACUCGUUUCAAGAGUGAAGCAUUGAAGUUGGUGAUGGAUGGGAAGUACAGUGAAGCAGAGAGUCAUAUGGAAGCAUUAGUUAAGGGAGAUACUGAGGUUUCGUAUGAGGCUCGGGUGGCUCAUCUCCAAAUUCUCAUACAUCUUGAUAAAUACGAGAAAGCUCUAAAUUUUCUUGAAGAGGAGGGGAAUUUUCCUCCUUCUAAAUUAUGGGAAGAAAGACUUUGUCUUUACAAGGCAGUGGUGUAUACAAUGUUGGACAAGGAUGAUAAUGCUGAAAAAUGGUGGAAUAAGUAUCUAGAAACCCUUGGCAAUGACAAUGUAAAUGGAAAAAUUAAAAUUAAUUGUAGAAAUAAUACAAAUUCAGAGAUGAUUAUUGUGAUGAAUGCUAAAGACUUAUUGAAGCCAUUGUUGAGCUUAAAAAAUCCAGCAAAAGUGGAAGAAAACUCAUUCUUCUCCGACAUUAUUCGCACUAAGGUUCUCUUCUAA